ACGACUCAAUCACACCCUUCAUCAUAUUCCAACGCGAUGUCUGCAAGACGCACCACAGCUACGUCCGACACCUUGGAUAAGUCCGGUUUCCGGUUGCAGCGGCAUUUGGAUGUGGUAUUCACCGCCCCGUACCACUUCAACAGCAGUCACGUCCGACGCGUCAAGAUCCAUACAGGCAUUAUCCUCGAGUUUGCUAUGCACCAACACCCACUCACGUGGGAGCAUUCGAUCGAAGAUGAAGCUGCAAGUGAAGAUGAAGUUCGAGUGGUGUUUAUUAUGGGUUUUCUUAGCUGCAAGGAGGCGUGGACUCCGACAAUUGAAACAAUGCUGCGUCAAUGGGAUGAGCUGAAGACUGGGAAACGUCUGAAGAUCUUGACGUUUGAUAACCGCGGCGUUGGUGGCUCCACAUCGCCCAUCGGUCCUUACACCACGAGUAACAUGGCUGAAGAUAUUCUCGCAUUACUGGACCAUAUCGGUUGGGAACAGUCUCACGUUGUGGGCUACAGCAUGGGAGGAAUGAUCUCGCUUGAGCUGGCGCUGCUGGCUCCAGAAAGAGUGAGGUCGUUGUCGCUAUUGUGUACGACACGAGGUCGAUACAUCCCAGUUUGCAACGGCGUGUUGCCGAUGACCAGAACACUUGACCAUCGCGACGUUAAUGCGGAGACUCAUAACCUCCUGAUGGUGCUUUAUCCACCUAAAUUUCUCUCUCAAAGCAUGGAGAAUGACCCACGAAGUGUCUAUGAAGCCAUGUUCGAGUGCCACAAGUAUCUGGUUGAGAACCGCGAGACACCACGAGUCUUCGGCUUCAUGGGUCAAGGGUCAGCUGUACUCUCGCAUUUCGUAUCGGACGAACGUCUACAUGCUAUUCGUGACCACCACUUCCCCAUUCUCGUGGUCGGCGGCGCGCAGGACGUCGUCAUUCCAUCAUGUGAGACCCAGACGCUAUAUAACCAUUUAGCUAGCGACCAUUCUCGAAUGGUCAUGUACGAAGACGCUGGACACGGCGCUUUCUUCCAAUAUGUAGACGAGGUGGCCGAAGAUAUUAUCAAAAACAUCCAAGCUGCCGAAGCUAACGUUUAAGGUCGAGAUUGUAUUAAUAAUGAUAUUACAUGUUAAGUACGAAUUAAUAAUAGGCAUUUUGAGCUAAACAGUAC